GCGGAAGCGGGCAGGCACGGCUAUGGCGGCGGCAGGCGUGGGGCAGCAGUGGGUGCUGGUGGAGAUGGUGCAGGCCUUCUAUGAGGCUCCUACUUACCAUCUAAUUUUAGAAGGAAUUCUAAUUCUGUGGAUAAUCAGACUUCUUUUCUCCAAGACAUACAAACUUCAAGAACGAUCUGAUCUAACACCUAAGGAAAAAGAAGAGUUGAUUGAAGAAUGGCAGCCAGAGCCCCUUGUACCUCCUGUGCCAAAAGAUCACCCAGCUCUCAACUACAACAUUGUUUCAGGUCCUCCCACCCAUAUAAUCACUGUUAAUGGCAAGGAAUGUAUAAACUUUUCAUCUUUUAACUUUCUUGGGCUUUUGGAUAAUGAAAAGGUCAAGAGUGCAGCCCAGGCAUCUCUCAAGAAAUAUGGUGUGGGCACUUGUGGACCUCGGGGAUUCUAUGGUACUUUUGAUGUGCACUUGGAAUUAGAAGAACGGCUAGCAAAAUUCAUGAGGACAGAGGAAGCUAUUAUUUACUCAUAUGGAUUUGCAACAAUUGCUAGUGCUAUUCCUGCAUAUUCAAAAAGAGGGGACAUUGUGUUUGUAGAUGAAGCUGCCUGCUUUGCUAUUCAGAAGGGAUUACAAGCAUCUCGCAGUAACAUAAAAUUAUUUAAGCAUAAUGAUAUGGCUGACCUUGAACGACUAUUGAAAGAACAAGAAAUUGAAGAUCAAAAGAAUCCUCGCAAGGCUCGUGUAACUCGAAGAUUUAUUGUAGUGGAAGGAUUGUAUAUGAACACAGGAGAUGUUUGCCCUCUUCCAGAACUGAUAAAAUUGAAAUAUAAAUACAAAGUUAGAAUAUUUUUGGAGGAGAGCCUUUCCUUUGGAGUUCUUGGAGAACAUGGAAGAGGAAUUACUGAACACUUUGGAAUAAAUAUGGAUGACAUAGAUCUUAUUAGUGCAAACAUGGAAAAUUCACUGGCUUCUAUUGGAGGAUUUUGCUGUGGGAGAUCUUUUAUUAUUGACCAUCAGCGAUUGUCUGGUCAAGGCUACUGCUUUUCUGCAUCCCUACCUCCUUUGUUAGCUGCUGCUGCUAUUGAGGCUCUGAAUAUUAUGGAAGAUAAUCCAGAUAUUUUUCAGACUCUCCGGGCUAAAUGUGAACGAAUUCACAAAGCUUUACAAGGAAUUUCAGGCCUAAAGGUAGUGGGAGAAUCUUUUUCUCCAGCAUUGCACCUACAGCUGAAAGAGAGCUGUGGAUCUCGAGAAGAUGAUGUGAAGAGACUCAAAAGAGUUGUAGAUUAUUGCAUGAACAGUGGUAUUGCAUUAACUCAAGCUCGCUAUCUGGAAAAAGAAGAAAAAUGUCUUCCUCCACCCAGUAUUCGAGUAGUAGUAACAGUGGAACAAACAGAAAAAGAACUGGACAAGGCUGCAUCACUAAUAAAGGAAGCUGCACAGUCUGUAUUGAAUUAGGCUGCUAUUUCGCAUUUUUCUUUCUUUAAGUUAUCAGGUUAAAUGUUUCACACUGUAUAGUGACCUUGGUUCUGAUAUUCAAGUUCUUCCACUGAUGACAUUGAAACCAAAUGACAAUUUUUUUCCAGAAGGGUGGAAAUGCAGUGAGGAGAAGAAUGGUGAAUUCUGGAACUGGUUAAUGACGAGGUGCACUUGCAACUCAGACUCUGCCAUAUAUUAGAAUUCCUUAAAAUUGCAUACAGAGGUCUUUCAUAAGUUGCACCUUAAAGUUUUAAGUGUAUUUCUUCAAAUGCUGAAACAUUGUCAAAAACCUACUUGAACAUUCUGGUUUCCCAAAAAAAACAAAACAUCUAAAAUUUGUAAUUUUCUCUGCAUAUCCUCAGAAUCCAAGGAAUUGCCCCUCAAAUGAAGACAGACUGUUCCUAAUAGUGCCAAAAGGGAGAGAGUAACACAUUAAGAAAAAAAUUUGUGCUAUGUUACAUUUAUUAGGAACUUAAAGAAGCAUUUGAAAUUCUUUUUUGUUGUAUAUUUCUCUAACCAUUUUUGGAAGCCAGUUUUUAAGAAUGCCUGGCCAGAGAAUUCAGUAUCUAAGUGGUAAAUUUGUUAUUAAAUACUAUUUGCUUCCUAUAUUUCUUAUGCGUGUUUGAUAUUAUGGGUAAGGUUUUUCAUAUUAUUAACCUGAAGACAUCUAAGCUGAAACCUGAAUUGUUACACUGCUGUUAAUUCCAUUACAGUAUGCUCAGUCAGGGGCACUUCACAUUGCUAAUGACUCCUCUUCGACACUGGUGUUAAGAGUGAACCAAGGGUUUUGAAACAGCAGCUAACUUCAGUCAGACUACUCUGAAGCACUAAAAUUGUGUGUGCUAAGUUUUCUGUCUAAACUGUGAUACAUUAAAGGGGAAGAUUCACAGAUGGCUAAUAAGGGUUUUGAUUAUGUAAAUACUACUGAAACACAACUCAAUAUGUGCAUAUAAAAUCCCCACGUAAAUGGAUAUUUGGAGCUUAUGCUGCAAAGAUUUUCAGUAAGCACAGAUGGACAUUACACAGAUGGACAUGUUACAUCAAGCAGAGGAAACUGCAGUUUGUAAGGAAGAACAACAGUAUGCUAUACCUUUUUAUAAAUAAAAGCUGUGUCUGUGUGUUUCAGGAUUUUGCUCUAAGAAUGUCUGUUUAUAAUUUUUAUAUUCUUCCUGGCAUAUAUUCUGGGUUGUUUGUACUUAGGUGUUGUUUUGGUUGCUGCUAUGUGGACUACAAGGACUAUUUCUGAGAAGCAUCUUUGUUUAAUUAAAAAAUUAAUCAGGUUUGA